GCAUCGUUGGAGGGAGCAGGAGGCGCGAGGCUAACAGUGAGCACACCCUGCCAGCGAGCCACUCAGUGUUAACACCACAAACAUGUCGGGGAAGAGUUUUCGAGUUAGCGACGGGGACUGGAUUUGUCCAGAUAAAAAGUGUGGAAAUGUAAAUUUUGCUCGAAGGACAAGUUGCAACAGAUGUGGCAGCGAGAAAACCACAGAGGCCAAAAUGAUGAAAGCUGGAGGGACAGAGAUUGGAAAAACUCUGGCUGAGAAGAGUAGAGGCCUCUUCAGUGCAAACGAUUGGCAAUGCAAAACAUGCGGAAAUGUCAAUUGGGCAAGGAGGUCAGAGUGCAACAUGUGUAACACCCCAAAAUAUGCCAAGCUCGAGGAGAGAACAGGUUACGGUGGAGGUUUCAAUGAAAGAGAAAACGUGGAAUACAUUGAAAGAGAGGAUUCUGACGGUGAAUAUGAUGAAUUUGGUAGGAAAAAGAAAAAGUUUCGUGGAAAAGAUGAAAAGAGCGAACCUGAGAAGAAGGUAGUAGUACCAAUUAAAGUUCAAGCUCCCGACGACGAGGAAGAUGAAGAGGAAGAGGAUGAAGAAGAGGGUGACCUUUCCAAAUACAAAUUAGAUGAUGAUGAAGACGAUGACGAAGAUGGAGACCUUUCAAAGUACGACCUGGACGCUAGUGAGGAUGAGGACAAGGACAAGGACAAAGACAAAGACAAGGACAAGGACAAGCCAGCUCAGAAAAAGGGCAGCCGUUCGGGUUCGUCCCGCUCCGGCUCCUCCUCGCGCUCCUCCAGCUCCAGUUCACGGUCGAGGUCCAGGUCCCGCUCUAGAAGCUCAUCAAGUUCCAGGUCUGGAUCUCGCUCCAGGUCCCACUCCAGAUCCAGUUCCAAGUCUGGAAAGGGCUCCUCUCCCCGGAAGAGGUCCCGCUCCCCCUCCUCCUCACCUGAGAGGGGACAGAAGCGCAGUCGCUCCAGGUCCUCAUCUGGAGAGAGAAAACGGAGGCGCUCUAGAUCACGUUCGUCCGAAAGGUUUGGGUUUCUGUGGAAUACCACAAUGGCACUGAUUCUUAUUAGCCAUCUGUCGCCUCGCUUAUGGGAGUUCAGAUUUAUAGAAAUAUCCUCACAUUUUGCCUUGUUAUAUUGUUUUUACAUACAUUUGUUAACCAUGUUGUUGUUUCAAGAAUGCAUAGGUGAAUGUUAACAUCUGAGCCUGCUGACCUUGUCUUUCUUCCCGUGGUGUUUGUGUGAUUUCAGGUGCCGUGGGCAGUCCUCUGGAUCCUCCCAUUCUGGCUCCAGCUCAAAAAAGAAAUAACUUUAACGCCUUAAAAACAAGAAAAGGAACCUUAGUAGAAAAGUGCAUGUUGUGUUGGAAGCAAAACAACCACAUAAUUUCAGUAUGAUGUCCAUUUUCAUAAAAAAAGUCUUAUUUUCUUCAAAAACAGAGUGGCAACAUGACUCCCUCUGCUGUUGCACAUCAUCCCUUUUUUAAAAACCACCUACACCCCAAACUGUGACAAGUGUCUGUAACUGCAGGUGUCCAAUAAACAUAAGUGUUUAGUCCCAUAUGAAAAUCAGAUGAACUGUAAAAAGGCAGUAGGCCACUUAAAAACGCAUAUCUUUGUAGCAGUAAAUUUUAUUCCACGCCUCUGUGGGGAAAUUAAAGUGAUCAUUUUUGAUUAUAUUUUUUCCGUGGCCCUCGAAAUAUCUGAUAUUGUGGUACUUUUUUUUUAAAUACUUUCAUUUUUUUUAAAUAAAAUAUGAAGUACUUAAGCACCAACUUGUUAUAACAGAUAUAGCAAUUAAUAUUGGUAUUUUUGUUUUUAUUUUCUUAAAAAUAUUUUUUUGCUUUCUGUCAAGGUAAGUAUUUUACUUUUUGAUAUUGCGUGUUUUAACUAAAUGGCUGUAAAUUCCACAUUCUUUGGUUUAGGUGUUUAGUGUUGUAUUUCUCUUUUUUUUUCUUUACACAAUUGUCACACGUUACAAUUUAAAGUUAUACCUUCUCAUUUGUCACCUGGGAAACUAAAACAUUCAAGAAAUUAUUAAUUAACAAUGAUUAAUAUUCGUACUUAAGAUUAGUACUUCCAGAAUAACAAACACCAUACAGUAUAUCCUGAUUCAUGGUAGAAAGUGACAAUACAGUCUUUAAUGGUGAAACAACUCAAAUGUACACGUGUAAAUAAAAUCCUGUCGACUGUUA